AGCGUUUUUUUUAAAACUAAAACGGGGUUUGCAGCGGUUUUGAAAGUCUGUUACACUAGUAGGUGGCGACAAGUGACUGUCUUUAUGAGUGAGUCACUGAAUCAUUCACUCAACCAUUUCAUUCAGAACACUGAUUCAUUCAGGAACGGAUCAAGUGUAAGGCCAAUUAAAAUGAAAUCAAAACUGUGAAAAAUGGUAUAAAGGAACCAUCACAAUCUCUAAAUAUAUCUGACACUGUUUUCAUAGAGCACAGCCACAUCUGAAGCUCAUUAGCAUCUCGUCCUGCUGUACGACUAAACCACGAUGCCUUUGAACCCGAGUCGCUCCAGAGCCAAAGAUCGCAGCAGCAUUCUGGGCCGCCCCGAGUUUCUGUCCCUGAACGUGCCUCCGCGAAACAACAAAUCGUGGAAAAGAGCCGGCCCGUCCAAGAGCCAGCAGAACCAGCCGAGCGAGAACCCCACGGAGCCGCCGGACGAAGACUGCAUGCUGCUCAACCCGUCCUUCAAAGGCAUCGCCAUCAACUCGCUGCUGGCCAUCGACAUCUGCCUGUCCAAGCGCCUGGGCGUGUGCGUCCACACCUCGUCCUCGUGGGGCAGCGUCCGGUCAGCGGUCACCUUGCUGGCUCUGACGGGUCACGGCAUCACCUGGAUCUGCGGCACUCUGGUGUGUCUGACACAGAGUAACACACCGGCGGGACAGGAGCUCCUCAUCAACCUGCUGAUAGCGCUGAUUCUUGACGUCCUGACUGUGGCAGGCGUUCAGAAACUGGUCCGGCGCAAAGGACCAUGGGACAUCAGUCCCGGCUUUCUGGACUGCGUGGCUCUGGACACGUACUCGUUCCCGGCGGCGCACGCAAGCAGAGCGGCCAUGGUGUCCAAGUUCCUCCUGUCCCAUCUGGUGCUGGCCGUCCCGCUGCGGGUCCUGCUGGUGCUGUGGGCCGUCCUGGUGGGCCUGUCCCGGGUCCUGCUUGGUCAGCACCACCUGACCGACAUGGCGUGCGGCUUUGCUCUGGGCUUCCUUCACUUCGCUCUGAUGGAGACGGUGUGGCUGUCGUCCGGUGCCUGUCAGACGCUCAUCUCCAUCGGGACCUUCAGCUGGGGCUCCGUCCAUUAGGUGGACACUCAGUCACCUUACGUUUACAUGCCGAGUCCGAGCACACGGGACACAAUCAGAUGGAUCUGUCUUUUGACACCGAGGGCAAAUCUGGUUAUUAGCUGCUGCAGUCGCAUUAUCAGGUCUGUUCGGGUUGGGACUGGUGUUAUUUCAGUCUCACUAAAGCGUUUACAUGACAUGACUUCAGUCCUUAUAAAGUGCAUGCAGAGUCACUGGAUCUCACUGCACAGCUGAGUUUCGACUUUCAUUUUCACUUCUUAAAUUCUGUAGAACCGAGACGUCUCAUAGAGGAAGUUGCUUGGAAAGGAAGUUCUUUUUUUGGCCUGAUGUAGCAACUGACGUUAUAAAACAAGUUUAUUGGUUAACUGUGUUUUGUCUGGGUUGAGUUUUGGUCGUCUGUGCAAAGUGUGAAAACUAUGGAAGCUUGUUGGAUGCCACGAAAUAAAAAUUUAAAAAAGUAAUUGCGACUGUAUCUCACAAUUCUUACUUUUUUUCUCAGAAUUGCGAGAUAUAAACUCACAAUUGCUAGUUAUAAAGUCAGAAUUGCAUGAAUAUGAAUUGUGAGAUAUAAAGUCAGAAUUGCAAGUUAUAGUCAGAAUUGUGAGAUAUAAAGUCAGAAUUGCGAGUUAUAAAGACAGAAUUGCAAGUUAUAGUCAGAAUUGUGAGAUAUGAAGUCAGAAUUGCAAGUUAUAAAGUCAGAAUUGCGAGAUAUAAAGUCAGAAUUGCAAGUUAUAAUCAGAAUUGCAAGUUAUAAAGUCAGAAUUGCGAGAUAUAAAGUCAGAAUUGCAAGUUAUAGUCAGAAUUGCGAGAUAUAAAGUCAGAAUUGCGAGAUGUAAAGUCAGAAUUGCAAGUUAUAAUCAGAAUUGCAAGUUAUAAAGUCAGAAUUGCAAGUUAUAGUCAGAAUUGCGAGAUAUAAAGUCAGAAUUGCGAGAUAUAAAGUCAGAAUUGCGAGAUAUAAAGUCAGAAUUGCGAGAUAUAUAGUCAGAAUUGCAAGUUAUAGUCAGAAUUGCGAGAUAUAAAGUCAGAAUUGUGAGAUAUAAAGUCAGAAUUGCAAGUUAUAGUCAGAAUUGCGAGAUAUAAAGUCAGAAUUGCGAGAUAUAAAGUCAGAAUUGCGAGAUAUAUAGUCAGAAUUGCGAGAUAUAAAGUCAGAAUUGCGAGAUAUAUAGUCAGAAUUGCAAGUUAUAGUCAGAAUUGCGAGAUAUAAAGUCAGAAUUGUGAGAUAUAAAGUCAGAAUUGCAAGUUAUAAUCAGAAUUGCAAGUUAUAAAGUCAGAAUUGCGAGAUAUAAAGUCAGAAUUGCAAGUUAUAAUCAGAAUUGCAAGUUAUAGUCAGAAUUGCGAGAUAUAAAGUCAGAAUUGCAAGUUAUAAAGUCAGAAUUGCGAGAUAUAAAGUCAGAAUUGCAAGUUAUAGUCAGAAUUGCGAGAUAUAAAGUCAGAAUUGCGACUAUCUCGUAAUUCUGACUGAAUGACUUUAUAACACUACAAUUGCGAGUUUAAAUCUCAAUUCUGAGGGGAAAAAAAAAAAUCUGAAUUUUGAGAUGUCGCAAUUACCUUUUUUAUUUUUUUUAUUUAGUGGCAGAAACAAGGUUCCAUAGAAAACACAUCUUUAAAACACUCACUCAAAACACAGAAGACUGAACUUGAUCAGGAUUUUCAAAAAAUUACUGUUUCAACCAGGCGUAUUUGUUCCUGUCUGGUUUUCUUUGUGUGCAUGAAUGUUUUAAAUCAUUAUUUUCUGUGAUACCGAUCAAAGUACUGUAAAGACACAUGCAAUAUUCAAGGGAUCAGUUGCCUUUGUAUUUGUCAGAAAAUUAACUUCUGAACUGUAUCUGUACUGUACAUAUUUGUACUUCAGCUAUAAAUAAAUGAGCCACUCUUUGUU